AUGCCCUUUGUCCUGUGUCUGCGUGCUCUGUUCAAUCUGAGCAAUGCUGUCAUGUGCCCCUUAGCAGGUCCGGCAAGUUGGGGCACGCUUUCUGGCUUCGAGACGUGCGGAACGGGAACGGAGCAGUCUCCCAUCAACAUCCCAACAGCGAGCACAGACUCUUCUUCUGCUUACUUUCAUUUUGAGAACAAUGGAGCAGCGGCAGAGGCAGACCCGGAGGGAACAACGGUAGUGUACUUAACUGGAGGCCCGCUAGGUUCAGAGCGCUACAGGAUCCAGAAUUUCCACAUCCAUUUCGGAAACUCAACGUUUGCGGCGUCCGAGCAUGCAGUAAAUGGUUUAAGAACGGCGGGUGAGCUCCAUGUCGUGUUCUUCAAAGCAACCUACCCCAAUAUCGCGGAUGCACUGGCCAGCGGAGACCGUGACGCUCUGGCCGUCAUUGGCAUGUUGUUCGAAGUAGCCGAGUGGUAG